AUGCGGGCGGACGACAGCUCCGUGGAACUGACCAGCGAGGACUUCGAGGGCGUUCCCAAUGGCCCGCCCGCGCCCCAGGUACGAUUCGGGAAGUUGUGGGGCAUGGCUAACGAGACGUUUCCUGAAAGCUGGUCGCAGGCCUUUCGGGCUUUGAACGAAGAGUCUGUAGCGCUUGAAGCGGGUCCCCGGAGUGCUGUCGGCUUUACCAGACGGGCCCAGGCUUUGAGGCCGCGGGUCUUGACUUAUUUGGAGGAGAGUACACCGGCCCCGGAUUCAUUGACACCGGGCACACUGGGUGGUGGUUCGGGCAGGACGGAGCCGGGUCGUUCUCCGAAUGACGACGGCUCCUCGGAGGCCGUGCGGGACUUCGCGGGCUGCGAAGGUCUGGGUAACUUGCCACGGGCGCUUUUGCAAGAGCGAGUUCGGCGCUGUCGACAGGUUAUGCUUGACCUGACAGACCCCUCUCCAGGCCGAUCUAAGGAUAAGUUCUCACAGGCGAAACUGCUGGGAUUCGAAGCAGCCCGGAAUAUGACUUCGCCAGCGGGUGAAUCCGCGUUUGCGUUGGCAGAGGGCAGCGGCGGAAUAGCCUACCUCAAGGCCUCCUCGUCCUCCACCGAACGUUUGUCGGCCGAACGACUGCCGAGCGGAAGUGACCGACUGCGGAGCGGAAGUGAAAACAACCGGCUGCCGCGGAGGCCCUCGAGAGUAGUCUUGCGGACGGGUUCGGGGUCGCGCGAUGGAGGUUCCGGGCGCGGGGGCGGGUCGGAGUGGAGUGCGACACCUCCGAUCGUGGCCCCGAGUUCGAUCGUGGGUUCGAUUCCCAGCGUUGGUUCGAAUCCGAGCGUUCAACUGGGAGAGAAAGUGGGUGAGGGGGGACGGCGGGAGGAGCAGUUCGUGGCGGUGGGGCUGCGGUACCUGUUGCCGAUUGUUGCGGCCGAUGUGCAGGGACCGUCUGCGGUGGUGGCAGAGCGGCUAAUGUUGGAAAUGUGUGUUCGGUAUAACCGAGUACCGUAUCAUCACAUUGGACAUGCGACGAUGGUGGUACAUCACGCAGUUGAGAUCGCACAGAUGUGUGGUGUUUGGGAGUGUCUAAGUUGGCGCGAGCGAGGCGCCUUUGUGCUGGCUUCGGCAGGACAUGACAUUGGACAUCCGGGCAAGGGUGGCAGUCUAUUCAUAAAGUGUGACCAUCCAUUGGCGACGUUGUAUAAUGACAAGCACGUGUUAGAAAACUACCAUGCCGCCUAUCUGCUGCAAUUACUACGGCAGCAAGGCUGGCUACCUGGCCGAGUCGCGGGUGCUGGGGAGCGGACACAGGCAACGGAACUUCGAUCCUUGAUCGUGCAGUGCAUCCUGUGGACAGACAUACAGGAUCAUCACCGCGUCAUGCAAGCUGCUCACGACACAUUGAGCAAGAUCAAAAAGGUGAAUAAGAAGGGCGCUGCGCUCCUGGACCUAGUCCGGAAAAGCAAGCCCGCUGUACGUGAUCUGGCAUCAGUAGUUCUGAAGGCCGCAGACCUCAGCUACCUCAUACUUAAUAACCCCGUUAUGAUGCUGGACUGGGCCAUUGCAUAUUAUGUCGAACUUUACGCACAACGUCACUGGGAAGCGGACUACGCAUUGCCUCUGUGCGAACCUUUGGGUCUCCAGUCGCUCGGCGCUAAUAAAUGGUUCGAAUCCAAUUACAAGUUCUGUCUAGACGUCGUUAUGCCCGUGGCACAUUACCUGAACACCGUGGAGCGUAGACUCUUGCCACACAACACCGACUCCGAUGCUUGCCGCCCCGUUGAGGCUAAACAAGACGAGUCCAGUGCAGGUACCUCCAAGGGCGGCGGCACGCACCACAGCGGACUCGGCUUCGUCACGGGCUUGGUCAGCAGCAGCGCCUCCAGCAUUCGUGCGCUCGGCGCCAGUGGUACAGGCACGCCGCGCGCCGCAGUCAAGGCCGAACAAGUCCUCACCACCACUGGCCUCUCGCUCCCCGGUCGGGCGGUAACGCUCAUUCGCGAGGUGCGCAAGUCCCACGACGACUGGUGCGCAAUUGCCACGGCACUUUACCAACACGACCGCGUCUCGCUGGUCGCCGGCGCUGGGAAGAGUAGCAGCGCCAAUGCUGGCGCCAAUGCUGGCGCCAAUGCUGGCGCCAAUGCUGGCGCCAAUACUGGCGCCGGUAGUGUGGAUGCAUCGGACGAGGGCAAUGCGACGAUGAAGUGGAUUUCGAAACAAGCAUCUACCGUCAAGGCGGCGGCUGCGGCGACAAUUGCUUCGUCGCCGGUGGGGGCGUCGCGGAACAAGCGGACGACGCGGGUCUAUCACGGUCUCAUCCUGCCGCUACAGAACAACGCAGAACUCCUCAAAAAAGGACGAUAUCUCGCCCACGCCUAG